UGUAAGGAGAUGGAGGUGCAGCCGGAGCUGUCGCUGGGGCCAGGGGCGCUGGGGGUGCCGGCAGGCUUCGCGGCCGCCAAGAGCCCCAGGAGCUCGUCGUCGGACUCGGACGGCGGCGCCGGUGGCGGGAGGAAGAGGAAGCACUUCGCCUGGGAGUGGGAGGAGGCCGUGUCCCAUGCCGGCGGCCUGGAGCUCCAGCUCGGCGACCCACUGCCGAUGGACUGGGAGCAGUGCCUCGACCUGCAUUCCGGGAGGAUGUACUACCUGAACAGGAAGACCAUGAAAAAGAGCUGGGUGAGGCCGAGGUCCACCAAGGAGGAGCAGGGCGCCCUGAACCUGGAGCUCAACAUCUCCACGGCCCCGUCCGCCUUCGACGGCAAGGCGAGCCGCGUCGCCGCUGCGGACGACGCCAGGAGCACGAGCAACUGCGGCAUCGCCUCCGGCGGCCACAUGGUGGCCGUGCCGUGCGCCAACUGCCACCUCCUCGUCAUGCUCUGCAAGGCCUCCCCGGCCUGCCCCAACUGCAAGUUCGUGCAGCCGUCGUCGGUGCCGCCGCCGGCGAUGCCGCGGCGGGCGGCGCCUCCCCGCCGGCUCGACGCCGUCAAGCCGCUGGAGACCCUGAGCCUCCUGCACUAG